UCUUCUACGGAUAUACGUCACAGCGCAUGCGUGGUGCUAACAUUCCGGAGAUUUCGCCUCAGCGUCCAAAACACAGGAGAAAAAAGCUCGAUCGCGCUGAUUUAACGUGACCACGCCGGUGUUUUGUGAUCACACAGGUUCUUCCUUUUGCACCUCUUGUUUUCGCAACAGUCAUGGUGUGCAUUCCCUGUAUUGUGAUUCCUGUCCUUUUGUGGGUCUACAAGAGGUUCCUAGAGCCUUACCUGUAUCCCUUCAUCUCACCAAUCAUUAACACAUUCUGGACCAAAAAAGCCGUCCAAGAGACGGGCAUGAGUGACCAAAAAGUUAGUGAAAACAGUAAUGGGACACUUAAGGCUGAAAGCAAUGGGGACGCCACUGCCAAUGGAUCGACUAUAGCAGCAGAUAAGAAGACAGACUGACAACCUCAAAUGUUUUAUAAUGCAUCGAAAUCAAUGUAAAUAUUCCAGUAAUAUAAUAUAGAUGAACUAUGAAUUAACUUAUCAAUCUUCUUUGAAUUGAGUGGAUUUUAUAACCUUUCAAACUUAUGUCUGAAUGUUUGAUUUUAUUUUCUCUAUUGUUACAUUAAAAUUAGGAAAUUGGUUUAUGGUUGUUCUAUUUUCUCUGUUACUAAUUAAAUAAUAUAUGCAUUCAUUUUAUUGAAUAAUGGAAUAAUGUUCCUUUGUCAAACUUGUUAAAACCGAACUUUCAAAUAAAAAAAGAUGCUCAUUUA